GGGGGCGACAACACGGACUGAACCGGAAACCACGUCAUCAUAACAUCCGGAGAGGCACGUUAGCCACCAAAGUUGCUACAAGACUCUGUCAAAGAUGACAAUUUCAAGGUUACCACACGCAGCACUCACCUUAAAACAGUUUUUACAGAGGCAGAAGAUUUUGGGGAUUUACAGAACCAUGCUGAGGACAAUCCGGCAGGUUCCUGACGAGGCGGACAGGAAGUACCUCAGAGACUGGGCCAGAGACGAGUUCAAGAGGAAUAAGGGCGCCUCAAACCAGGAUGCCAUCCGUAUGAUGGUGACUCAAGCCAACAACCACCUGGAGGAGCUGCAGAAGAGUUUGGCGCUGGCCAGUAGUUAACUUCUGAGAGCAACUGUGGACUUAAAACUGAUCCGGAUCAGCUCUCAGUGGAGACCAUCAUAUGUUUGAUGGAGACUCUGGAAGUUAAAAGAGGGGAAAUCCUCUUCACCUGGAUGCCUCCUUAAGGAUGGAUGAGAGGAGACAUUCUGUAAAACCUGCUCCUCACUUAAGAUGUCGUCAAUGAUGGAAACUGAAGCUGUGAGGCUGACUGAGCCUUACCUCUGAGCUCUGUGUGUAUUAUAUGUGUUGUAAAUAUUAAAUGGGAACUCAUGAAACCACA